AUGAUAAUACAGCAUGUCAUGGAUGGGGAGCAACCACAGCACAGCACAAGUCUAUUGACCCUUGUUAAGCCGUCAUGUUUGAGAAUCGUCAGACUAUUGCAAGAGAAAGACCCCAAAUUCACUCUGCCUUCGACCCAGCGACAACUCUCAGAAGCAUUAUCUUCCAUUAGAUCGAUCCUUACCGCUCAUAUAGUUGAUGAUGAUGGAUCAGUAAUACCGUCUGAUGUGGCCGAGCAAGUUUUUUUUUUAAUCAGUAACCUUCUAAACCAUUCGGGGCUCCAAAAUUCCAUAAUUGAGCAUAUUUUCACCAUCAUUACAAUCUUCAUUGAUCACUGCUGGACCAACAACAACAACAACUUCAAUCACGAUAUCAUCACGCUAUUCCCAUUGAUUCCUUUCCUUUUGACAAAUCAUCAAAAUGAUAAACCAUCGGAUCCACCCCAACUCUUGGAAACCUCAUCAUCAGAGUACCAGCUCUCACUCGUAGAAUGUGCCACGGCAAUCUUCAGGUGUCUGGUACAUCAUAGCCAGUCUCGAGCAAUGUUCACGAAACAUCAGAACGCCAUUGCUCAUUUCAUAACUUUAGUAAUUGAUAUCGUCACCCAGAAUAAAACCACUGAGCUCCUGGUGGCGGGAAUUAAGUGCUUGAAGAUCGUGACGUUGCAAGUGGUGCAGGACAAACCGCUGGUGGCGGUGAUUUCUCCCGGAGUGGUAUCUAAACUAUUAAAGUUUUUAUUGGAAAAUAAAAGUUCACGAAAUAUUAAUGGGGCAGUGAUAUGUGAAGUAUUAGAGUUUGUUGGGGAGGUGGUGGUGUAUAUUUUGGCCAAUGAAGAUUUUACCAUAACAGGACGAUUUGUGAAGGGUAAAGAUAUCGAGAAACAACUAAUUGAAUUAACCAUUGAUGGUGACUUGGAGAAUCCGAGAAGUGACUCAUCCGAUCAGUUGGGUAACAAGAAAUCAACAGAGUUUGAAAUUGUCGAUGAUGAAACCACACCCAUUAGAGAUUCACAAUGGGUGAAAUUCACCACUGAUAAUUUACACCAAUUCUUUGAAAGAUUGACGAAUAAAUAUCGGGCAUCAACUAAUGAUAAGGUGAAACAAUCAUUAUUGAAAUUCUGUGAUCUGAUAAUCACCAAAUGUUACAAGACCUUCCUGGCAAAAUCCAUCGAUAUUCUAGUGGAUUGUGAAUUAUUUCUUUUGGGCAACAAUUCUGGGUUUGUCAGUGACCUAUCGCAGGCCACCACAGAAGCAUUUAUCGAAAACAAAUUAUUCCAAACGCUUGAAAAUUCUGCCGAUAGCAUUGGCUCGGCAUUGUACGCAUCGGAUCAACAAGAAUUAGUGGGCAAGAUUAAAACCAUUACGUAUAAUGUCGAGAUUUUAUUACGUGACCAACGCCAGCACAAUAAAUCGAAACAGUUGGAAUCAUCAAUUACAAAUUUAAUCGAUACGAUGAUCCGAGAAACCAUCGUUUUGCGCAAUUCGCAAAAAUCGAAAAUCGUCAAGAAAUCAAGGAUCGGUGAUUUGACCAUUGAUCUUGAAACCAAUAAAUCUUUCCCAACCUUGGCGAAUAAUAAUCAUCGAAAUUUCCAAUCCCAUGAAACUGCCAUGACGAUGCUCAUGAGGAAAAAAAAUUUGAUCGAUGAGGAUGAGAUAAUGGACGUUAAAGAAUUGUGCGUUUUCAAUGAGAUAUGGGAUACCACUGUCGAAACCGCGAUCGGGGAUUUUUUCCAAAUGAUCGGCACCUUCCGUGGGAUUGCCAAUAACGUGGUUGAAACAUUACUAUUAAACCAAGGAAAUUCAUCACUACAUAAAGGAUUGACCUUGUGGGUUUGUAAUAAUAUUGUGAAUGGGGCAACUGUAACAUCACCACCCACUGAUAUGAUAGAUGAAUUUCUCAAUUUCGAUGAUGAUGACGAUGAUGAUGAUGAUGAUGACGGUCAUCAAUUGAUGGUUUCAAAAGAUGAUGAUCGUAUCGAAAUGGCAGAGAAUUUGCUCGGGAUGCUCGAACUCUCCCAAAACUUACUCUCCAUCUCCGAUGAUCUUGACAAUUCUUCUUCUUCUUCUAAUAAAUCCAGUAAUGGCGACAUCAUUAGUGCGAUUUCCCUAGAUACCAUCGCCACUGCCGCGAAGUUCCUCGGCACGGAUUUCCAAACCGAAUUGAUCGAUUACUUGUAUCCUGCCAUUGAACACCUAGCGUCGUCUUCAUGGAUGGUGGUGAAACAUUCUCAAAACACCGUGCUACAACUCGCGCACACCGUGUACCAUGGCUCGGUAGAACAAUUGAUCAUUGAUAAUUCUGAUUAUUUGUUGGAUUCGUUAAAUUUGAAAUUGAUGAACAUUUCCUUUGGCCCAGAUACUAUCAAAGUACUCAUUGUGCUCAUGAAGAUUGCCGGUGGGGAAUUGGUUGAAAAAUUGGAAGAUAUUAUAAACUCCAGCUUCAUUUUGUUGGAUCUGUACCACGGGUACUCCGCCUUGACCAACGGGUUUUUCAUGGUGUUCAACGAGAUUUUGAACACGAUUUAUCAACAAUAUAUCAUUGAUGGGAAGUAUGAAUUUGAAGUUUUAUCAGAAAUUAACAAUGAAUUGAAAGAGCGGUCCAAACCUUGGGGAAUCGAUCUGAUUGAAGGGAUGUUUACGAUGUUGGAUAAAUCUAAACGUGAUUUGCCAAAUUUAGAACAACUCGACCUUGCCAAUGAAGAAGAACAAGAUAGUGAUGAUGAAGAAGAAGAAGAGUUUGGAGGGAGUACCCAGGUGGACGAUAAUGAUGACGAUUAUUCUAAAGAGAUUUUCAAAUAUAAGUCGCCAAUUGCCAAACCCGUGUAUUUGCUCAUCCAAAAGAUCGGAUCAUAUUGUUUACGGUUCUUACAAUACCCAUCGAUGAAUGUCAGACUACAAAUUUUUGAAAUGUUGAAUAAGAUCCUUGAAUUGCUUGCUACUCAACCGGUGGAAUUGAACCCGGUGUUAUUUGAGUUUUGGCAAGUGGUGAGCGAUUCUGCCACCACGGGUACUCAGGAUAUGAAAAUCAACAUUGCCGCGUUGAGAACUAUCAAGGUAAUGUUCAAGUUCGGGGGAACGUUUUUGAAUAAACAUUUCAAACCCUUUUGGGAAAAAUUGCAAACCAACGAUAAUUUCCAGAACUGUUCCCGGCGGUUGAAGUUGUAUAAACAGUACCGAGGAGAACAAGCAUUGGAGAAAUGGAAUGAUAAAAGAAUGUUUCCUGAACUUUUACAAUUCGAGUAUUAUUGUAUUAUCAACGAGGUGUUGAAGUCAGGAUUGCGAAACUGUGGGGAUACGAUAUCGAUAGUCGACGUGAUCCACAUCAUUUGGAAUGGUUGUGGGACGGCAGAUGAUAAUGUGGACGCCGAGUUUGGGAUCAAUGGUGAUGUUGCGUGGUAUUUAAACCACCGGGGAAAUGAUUAUGAUUAA